AUUUUUAAGGGCUUAAUGCCAAGGUGUCUGUGUAAUAAACAACAAACUGCGGGUGCUAAUACUGGGAAUGUGAUACACAACAACAUUUGUUUGUUCAACUGUUGUAACCCUAAUGUGCAGGAGUACGUUGAGACGUUCCAUGAUCCAGCAGCGCGACGCACGCAGGAAGUGGUCUCUAACAUUCCCGACUCACCCCAGUAUGUAGAGUCCUUCCACAACACUCUUGAGCAGCCCCUCACCAUCCCCAGCCCACUUGAGCAAUUUGACAUUAUCCCAUUGAUUCCUAUGAAUAUAGGACACUUGUAUUUCUCAUUCACAAAUCCCUCUUUGUUUAUGCUACUCACUCUCAGUUUGGUCCUACUUUUGGUUCAUUUUGUUACUAAAAACGGAGGAGGAAACUCAGUACCAAAUGCUUGGCAAUCCUUGGUAGAGCUUAUUUAUGAUUUCGUGCCGAACCCGGUAAACGAACAAAUAGGUGGUCUUUCCGGAAAUGUUAAACAAAAGUUUUCCCCUCGCAUCUCGGUCACUUUUACUUUUUCGUUCUUUCGUAAUCCACAGGGUAUGAUACCUUAUAGCUUCACAGUUACAAGUCAUUUUCUCAUUACUUUGGGCCUCUCAUUUUCCAUUUUUAUUGGCAUUACUCUCGUGGGAUUUCAAAGAAAUGGGCUUCAUUUUUUAAGCUUUUCAUUACCCGCAGGAGUCCCACUGCCGUUAGCACCUUUUUUAGUACUCCUUGAGCUAAUCCCUCAUUGUUUUCGCGCAUUAAGCUCAGGAAUACGUUUAUUUGCUAAUAUGAUGGCCGGUCAUAGUUCAGUAAAGAUUUUAAGUGGGUUCGCUUGGACUAUGCUAUGUAUGAAUGAUCUUUUCUAUUUCAUAGGAGAUCUGGGUCCUUUAUUUAUAGUUCUUGCAUUAACCGGUCCGGAAUUAGGUGUAGCUAUAUCACAAGCUCAUGUUUCUACAAUCUCAAUCUGUAUUUACUUGAAUGAUGCUACAAAUCUCCAUCAAAGUGAAGUGGUUAUUUAUAAUUGAACAAAAGCGAGGAGCGAAGGCCGCAAUAGCCAUUAUUUUCACUCUUUUUUAAAUAAAAGAGACCGCCCUUGAUCUGCUACCUCUCCACUUGCAAUCUGAUUUGGAAACGGUCCUUCGUUUGGUACAUGUGGACUAGUAACUGACACAGGAGCAUCUCCAUCUCGAUCAAAGUUUCAUGUCUCGCUCGAUAGCAACAGCCAAACCCUUCUCUUUGUCAGCUCGAUCUGCUCUUUUUCUUGUAGAGGAAUGUGGAGCAAGGACUCUCACAAAGAUAGAACGGAAUGCCUAUUGCUUGGUAAAUUCCUUGCCACUCUCAUUUCAAUUCGCUACUUCCAUGAUCACUGCGGCAGGAUAAGUUUCCUUGCUCGGUAUCAGGUAUAGCUUGCUUUGCUCACUCACUGGGGCUGGGGGGCGGGAUAAGAAUGGUAUUGUCAUACCCAGUUUCAUGUGGCAAGGUACGGCUUCUCACUUUCUAAAAAAAUGAAGUGACAGAGCAAUCGGGAUCCGUACUUUGUCAUCGAUCCAAUUCCUACCUCUCUUUGUUUCUCUCAAUCACAUACGUAGGAAACAGAAAAAAUGGGACAACCAAAAACUUUAGCAACGGUCGGAAUGACUUUUCUUCAACUUGACGGUGGAGCUUUCAAACCUGCUCCGGAUUUCAGGAGUAUAGGAAGUGCAUAUGAGUUCAUGAGUCAAGGUGCGCUUCUCCUCCAAUCGAAUAUCGAAUCUAUUCUACUAAAGCAACAAAGCCAAGAGGGGAAGUAUACCAGUCCGGCGCAAUCAGCUAUAAACCAAACCACUCCCUUUGUUCUGCAACUGGACGGUCUCCCGAAACAGGUCAACUGGUAAAUCCGGAACAUUCCCUUAUUGAAAGAAUGCCCCGCUUCAAUCUCUUGCUUGCUUUGGUGCCUGGUCCAAGGAAAGGAGUCGAAGUCUGCCUUCAAAUAAGCAAUCACAAAGGCUGAUCGGUCAUAGGCUCCGCCCUUGUUUUAGAUCUUCUAUCUCUAGCAUUGGCUAGCGAAGCAGUAGUGGCAGAGGUCGAGCUGGUAAGCUAGCUCAUAGGGCCGGCUGUCGGAUGCGCUAAGGAUGCUUAUUCUUUCGUGCUAGGAGCAGUAUGCAAGCUAGGAGUUUAAUGUGAGGCGAUAGUGCCUACUGUCGAUAGGUAGCUCAUCCCUUGCUUGGUAGUUCAAGACGUAGGCGCUGUUGUCUUUCGUGAGUGUGGGCGUGAGGCAGGAUCAAACAAGGACAGGAAGUCAAGCUCACCCGGGAGAUAAGGCCAAUAAACAACCCAAAUUCCUGCCUCCAGUCCAGACGAGCAGAGGAAGAUAUUUGAUUCAAGGAGGGAAGUUCAUAACUUAUGCCCCAGGUACCACCUCCCAAUUCUCCGCCGAGUUCAAGCAUAGCAGAUUGAGGGAAGAAGAUAGGUAUGAAUUAAGGCUCAUCUUGAAGCGCUAAAACAUAGGUUUUGAAUGAUGACAUGUACUUCAGGGUUUUCUAUCCAGGCGGUAAGCAUUACUUUAGCAAGUAAUCCGUUGCUUGUUCUCAGUCGGCGAAGCCUAGGGCCUCACAUCCGGAGUUCUUUCUAUUUAAUGCUUCCACCUUCCGGCCUACUACUUGGUUUCUCGUUCCUCGCCUUCCUAGCUUUCCUCGGUCUCGGUUUCCUCGACCUUUCACUUUCAACUGAAUAUUCUCUCCUUCGGUUAGCUAUGUUAGAAUGAGUUAAGGAAGCGCGUGCACGCGCGAGACUAUUCUAUUCUACGGACUUGAUUGCAGUGUACUCUUUCUUCCUCAUCUGAGGAAUGGGCCAAGCCGAUCCGUUGUUGGCUCAGAAAGUUCAUUUGCUAGUUCGAAAGAAGCUGAAUCCGGGUGCAAAUGGGAUUUCAAAUGGUUCUUCUGUUUCGGAGCAUGCUGCGCAGACUCACUUGGUAAAUAGCCUUACCUAAAAGAGUCAAGGUGCUCACACAUGAAAUUACCUUUUUUCAACAAAUAUUCAAUGUAUGUUUUAUGCCAUACUGGGGCAAAGUCAUCGAGACCAUAUCCAUCACCGGGAAGAAGCGAAGCCAGAAUUGAAGUAGGAUAAGCCUGAGAUAUCUAGUACAGUAACAGUGGUCGAAUUGCUGCAUAGCCUGGUCUAUAAUACGAAUUAGGCAAAUCCUAGUUCUCAAGUUAGCUCGGGGAGAAGAGGGUGACAAAGGAAGGAUAGGAAUAUUGAUUGAAUCACAAACCUCUUAUUUAUAUAUAUAUAUAUUAUUAUUUAUAUAGAAGAAGGUCCAAUCACGAAUGCUUUCAGUUCCUGUGAUAUAAAGUUGCACGAAACAAAUGGGCGGCUAUUAGUAUAAUCUUAAGCCAACAAUUCCUUCUUUCCAGGAAAGCCCUUUUUUGGCAUCAAUGAAACUCUGUGAUCUAGGAUUAUAAACCUCAUUCAGUCUGGGAGAUAGUGGAAUUUCGUACAUACACCUUUAUUUAAAAGGUAUUAGUAGUAGUCAAGUCAAAUCCUCUCUUCAUUCUCUGCUUCCUUUCUUUCCUUUCCUAAUUCAGCCCUUGGCGAGUUGGUACAAGAGAUGGCGCAUUUCGCUGAGGAGGAGGCAUUCAUAGUCUAAGAAUCGGGCAAGCCGUCUUUCGUACCCUUGCCCUUGGGAUGAGCCAACGCAGACAGUAAGUAAGAUAGCUGUAGAGAAAACAGAUUCAUCUCAGGUCUUGAAGUAAAGGCUGCUAACCCUAUUCCUAGUUGGUAUCCCGAAGCUUCGUUUAACGACGUAUUCUAAGAGCUAUCCAUCAAUAUAGAUGGAAGAACCAAUGUGGCAGAGGAAGUGGUUCCGUUGUCUCAGCCCCCAUAGGUAGUCAAUUCCUUCAAUAAGAAGGAGCUAGCCUAUCCUGCCCCUUGCUUGUGAUCGUGAUCUUGGAAUUGAACACUCCGACCUGGAAAAUAUUUUACUCAAUCAAUAUCUUAGUCAAUCGCCUUUCCUACUUCGAUUCCAGCGAAAGCGGUUGGUCAAUAGCUUCAAAGUGAGUUAGCAGAAGAGAUUGAUCCCAACAUGUCAAGGAAGGGCAACACUAAAGUAUGGGUGCCUUGAGAAAUGGGUUUGGUUCGGGCAGCUGGAGCAAUGGUUUUUCUAAGACCAGCCCUGUUGCAAAGACUUUCUCCUCGGGUUCGUAUUAGCGUAUUCGGCUCUGUACCCAAUGCAUCCUACCUUCCAUCAAUGGGACCGAUGUAGGGCCCAAUCAUAGUCAAAAUCAGACUUCAAUCCUGGCAAAGGAGUCGAUAGUGAGAAUCCAGUAUAAAGUAAAGUCUAAAUCUUCCUGUUGCUGAGAUGGACCCUUUUGUUGAUGAAGAGAUAGCGCCAAUUUCCUUCACAAGUGCUUCGAAUGCCUUUUCUCUCGAAAUCGGACAUUGAUAGGAAUAGAUUCGCUAUGGGUAUAGGCUCUCAAAGGCCUUCUCCUUGGGUCAAGUAAGUCCUUCCUACUCCAUGUAUUGGUGCUUCCCUUUGGCGGGGUUCUAUUCUGCAAUUCAUUCUAAUUAGUCUUGGUGGGGAAAGAAAGCAGAGCAAAAAUCCGUUUGCAGCAAGCCUCUUCAAAAGCUGCAUUCAAUAGGUCUUAGCACUAUUGGACUAUCAAAACUGGAGUUCUUUUGCCUUUCCUUUCGCCCGCUCAGCACGUACUUCACCACACCUCUUGGCUUACGGGCAAUCUACCUUUCAGUUACUUUGUCUUAGCUCAGGCUAGGAGAAGUUCACUCAAGCAGAUAGUUCACAUAGUAAAGUCAGCAAGCAGAUAGCUCACAUAUCUACUUGACGCUCCCAAAAGUACGAGACGGCAGCGG